UAAGGGGUACAUAUAAAUAUAUGCUUCAAGACCAAGAAAUUUGAAGAACCACAUCAAGCAUGCCUUUGUUAUACACAAACUCAGUUAAGUUGGGGAUCCUUCUCCGAUUAAUUUGUCUAUUCAUCUUGUCAUUCUCGGUGUGCAUUUCAACCCCUCCAGAGGACCACAUAAAGUGUUCAUCAUCAACCAACACAAACUGCGCCAUCACAAACUCCUACGGCAUCUUCCCCGAUCGAUCGGUUUGUCGAGCAGGCAGCGUAGCAUAUCCUUCGGACGAGGAAGAACUAAUUUCUGUAGUGGCCAAUGCAGCAAAGAAGAAGACCAAAAUGAAGGUGGCAACUCGUUACUCUCAUAGCAUUCCAAAGCUGGUUUGUCCAAGUGGGGAAGAUGGGUUGAUCAUAAGCACCAAGUACCUCAAUCGUGUGGUGGAGAUUGAUGCUGAAGCAAAGACGAUGACAUUGGAGAGUGGUGUGACUCUUAGGCAGCUCAUCAGUGAGGCUGCCAAGGCAGGGCUGGCCUUGCCUUAUACACCAUAUUGGUGGGGUUUAACCGUGGGAGGUUUAUUAGGGACUGGGGCACAUGGUAGUACGUUGUGGGGCAAUGGAAGCUCGAUUCAUGAUUAUGUGGUGGGACUUACAAUUGUGAGUCCAGGAGGACCUGGGGAUGGUUAUGUCAAGGUCCGAAGGCUCAAUGAUGGCGAUAGAGAUCUUAAUGCAGCUAAGGUUUCACUUGGAGUCCUAGGAGUAAUUUCCCAGGUUACUCUAAAUUUGCAACCCAUGUUUAAGCGAUCCAUCACUUAUCUGAGCAAGGACGAUUCAGAUUUGGGAGACCAAGUAGUUAGGUUUGGCAAGGAACACGAGUUUGCAGACAUCCUAUGGUACCCUAGCCAGCACAAGGCAGUCUAUCGGAUGGAUGAUCGAGUCUCCACCAAUACAUCUGGAAAUGGCUUAUAUGACUUCAUUCCUUUUCGAGCCACACCUUCACUUGCUCUUGCAGUUGUCAGAACCACAGAGGAGAAUCAAGAAUCCAAGAGUGAUGCUGAUGGGAAAUGCACUGGUGCGAAGUUGGUUACAUCUACACUCAUUAAAAGUGCUUAUGGUUUAACAAACAAUGGUCUGAUUUUUACUGGCUAUCCUGUUAUUGGAUAUCAGCACCGGCUUCAAUCAUCAGGGACUUGCCUAGAUAGUCUUGAGGAUUCAAGAAUCACAGCGUGCGCAUGGGAUCCCAAAAUCAAGGGUGAGUUUUUUCAUCAAACAACGUUCAGCAUCAACUUGUCUCUGGCUAAGAACUUCAUCCAAGAUGUGCAAAAGCUGGUUGAGAUUGAACCAAAAGCGCUAUGUGGAGUAGAAAUCUACAAUGGAAUCCUAAUGCGGUAUGUUACAACCUCAAGCGCUUACCUUGGCAAGCAAAAAGAUGCAAUCGACUUCGAUAUCACAUAUUAUCGAAGUAAAGACCCUAUGACUCCUAGACUCCAUGAAGGAAUACUUGAAGAAAUAGAGCAACUUGCUCUUGUUAAGUAUGGAGCAUUGCCUCACUGGGGAAAAAAUCGGAACAUAGCAUUUGAUGGAGUGAUGAACAAGUACAAGGGUGCUAAAGAGUUCUUGAGGGUAAAAAAUGUUUACGAUCCAAUGGGGCUAUUCUCUAGUGAAUGGACAGAUCAAGUUCUUGGACUUAAGGAUGGGGUGACUAUAGUAAAGGAAGGGUGUGCACUAGAAGGGUUGUGCAUCUGCUCAAAAGACAUUCACUGCGCCCCGAGCAAAGGCUAUUUCUGUAGGCCUGGCAAAAUCUUCAACGAUGCAAGGAUCUGUACCCUGUGAUUACGAACCGUGCUAAUUAACUAGUUAAUGUCACGUUGUCGAUAAUGUAAUUUGAUUGAGAGGGUUUUGCUUGCAGUAUAGUUGUUCUUGUUUGUAAAAUUGCCUUCUGUUGACUGUUGUAGUAACUGAAUAAAUUAAACAUCCUAUAAAUAAAGGUAGCAAGCUUGGAAGCAUAUGCAUAUAUACACCA